AUGGCGUCAACCCAGAAACCCUUGAGGUUACCAAGGCAGCUGCUUGAUCAGAUCGGUGGCGACGGUAAUACUAUCAAAGCCAACUUCAUUUUGAGGUUAAGUACUAAUUACAUUCAUUACGUAGAUGCCCUCUCCCGGCGCAAAUUCCGUUCUCGACCAGACACGCGGAAAGAGCUUCGAAAGGUAGCACGGACGGAGAAGAAAUCCUCCAGGAAUGGGCCACCUCCUACUAAAAGGAAAAAGCUACAACAUAGCUCUGAUCCUGAGGAAAGAUAUGAAAGGCCCUCCCAACCAAGUCCGCCACUCGCCCAGGCGAAGCCAACGCCAGAAAGUCCUCGAAGUGAUAUAAAACCAAAAUCAAUACUCAAAAGGACGAAGAAGGCGGACCCGGUCGUUGUUGGUGAUUCAGAUCUGAAACCGUCAUCUCGGAGCAUACCAAGGGGUAUCAAGGCAAAAUUAGCAGACGAUGACGCUGAGAUUGCGGCUCUAGAGAAGAAGUUGGGUCUGAAAGGGAAAAAGAAGUUGCCGAAAUCAUUUACAGACGAUGGGUUGGAUAUGCUCUUGGAGGGUCUAGGUGAUGACGAGGAGGAUUCAGAUAUCCAGGACAGCAAGAAACGUAAGGCGGAAGGGGAUGAAUGGCUGGAUAGAAAGCGCAAGGAGGCGCGAAAGCUGGCUAAACGACAGCUAAGUGAUGAACUAGACGAGGAUGAAGAUGAAAGCCGAAGUGAUGCUUCAUCGGGAGAAGGUGAAGGAGAUGGAUGGCCAGAAGAGGAUGAUGGAGACUCCGAUAUGUCUUUGGAUGGACCAGCGUUCCCGGAUGACGAAUCUGAAGACGAAUCUCUUAUAGCGAGGGAUGACGACGGAGCCGAUUUCAGUGGGUUCGGAUCCGAUGAAGAUGACGAUGAAGAGCGCCCAGCACCCCGAAUCCGCGAGAACCCCUACGUUGCGCCAUCAACUGGCACCGAGCCGCAUCAAAAAUAUAUCCCUCCCUCCCUAAGGAAUCCAGCAUCUUCGAACUCGGAGGCAUUGGUUCGUCUACGUCGGCAAACCCAGGGGUUGGUUAAUAGGCUGACGGAGGCCAAUCUAAUUCCCAUCCUCGGCGAUAUAGAGAAGCUCUACCGUGACCACCCUCGGCAGCAUGUCACCUCUACGCUUGUGGAUAUCUUAUUGACAUCUGUCUGCGAACCUACGAGCUUGCCUGAUACCCUGAUCAUUCUUCCGGCAGGGUUUAUUGCAGCUAUCUACAAGAUUAUCGGUAUGGACUUUGGAGCACAAGUGAUUCAAAGGACUGUGGAGCUAUUUGAUGAGCAAUAUGCUCGACUCUCUACAACCGAUCAGGUUGAUCCGACAAUCCCCACAUCUGAUAUCAGUAAAGAGACUUCAAACCUCAUCAUGCUACUCUCCGAGUUGUACAAUUUCCAUGUCAUUGGGAGCAAUCUGAUAUUCGACUAUAUCAAAACAUUUCUGAACAAGUUAUCGGAGCUUAAUGUGGAGCUGCUGUUAAAGAUUAUCCGAACGUCAGGACCACAGUUACGACAAGACGACCCCUCGUCGUUGAAGGAAAUUGUCGCCAUGUUGCGACCAGCAAUCGCAAGUGUCGGAGAAGAAAAUAUGUCCGUUCGAACCAAGUUCAUGAUUGAGACAAUCAAUAACCUCAAAAACAACCGUAUGAAGACUGGUGCUACCGCGUCAGCAGUCGCAUCUGAGCAUACAAUUCGUAUGAAGAAGACUCUGGGGACACUUAAUACUCGAAGUAUCAAGGCCAGCGAGCCACUUCGAAUUGGGCUUAAUGAUAUCCAAAACUCCGACAAGAAGGGUAAAUGGUGGCUUGUGGGUGCUAGUUGGUCAGGCAAUACUGGGGCAGCGAAGGAUUCUAUGGUGGACGAUACCCCCACCAAUUCCAUGACUCGAGUUGAGGAUACUGAGACGACCGAUCUCCUCCAGCUUGCACGAGAGCAGCGGAUGAAUACUGAUGUUCGCCGAGCGAUAUUUGUCACCAUCAUGUCGGCAACUGACUACCAGGAUGCAUAUUUACGGCUAUUGAAGCUCAAGCUCAAGAAGGUCCAGGAAUAUGAGAUUCCGAAGGUUCUGAUCCAUUGUUCAGGAGCCGAGAAGGCUUACAACCCCUAUUACACAUUGAUUGCCAAAAAGAUAUGUGGUGACCGGAGACUCCGAACAGCCUUUCAAUACUGCCUUUGGGAUUUAUUUAAAACCAUGGGCGAGUCAGACGACGAUGAUGUUGUGGCAGAUGAUGACGAGACGCUAGACAUGAGGCAUAUCGUCAAUCUUGCAAAGAUGUUCGGCACCCUUAUACUUGAAGGUGGCCUCGGCCUCGGCGCUCUGAAGAACCUCAGCUGGAGCUAUCUCCAGCCCAAGACCAAGACAUUCAUGGAGGUGCUGUUUGUCAGUAUGUUUCUCCAAUCCCAGAAGCAAGCGGGGACCAAACGGGAUAAGGAUGCCAUUGCUGCCAUUUUCUCCAAAAUUAAGGAUAUGCCACAACUCAUGAGAGGGUUGCAAUAUUUCUUGAAGAAGGUUGUUAGCAAGACGGAUAUUACGGGCGUGAAGGAGGAGAAGGAUACGGUGAAGUGGGCUUGUAGAGUAGCGCGAGAUACCCUGGAGAAGAUAGAUGCUGCAGACAUCUCAGAGACCUGA